GUCCCCGCGACCCGGAACGGGAUCGCCCUCAGGAACGGGAGCGGCGCCGGCGGCGGGAGCGGGCGGGCCCGGCGCGCCCGAAGAUCUUCCUUGAUCCAGUUAUGAGAAAAUGUUUAGAAAAGGAAAAAAGCGACACAGCAGCAGCAGCUCACAAAGCAGUGAAAUCAGCACUAAAAGCAAGUCUGUAGAUUCCAGUCUUGGGGGACUUUCCAGGUCUAGUACUGUGGCCAGUCUAGAUACAGACUCCACAAAAAGUUCAGGACAAAGCAAUAGUAAUUCUGAUACAUGUGCAGAAUUCAGAGUUAAAUAUGUUGGUGCCAUUGAAAAAUUGAAAUACAAUGAGAGCAAAAGUCUUGAAGGGCCACUGGACUUGAUAAAUUACAUAGAUGUUGCACAGCAAGAUGGAAAGUUACCUUUUGUUCCAGGUGAAGAGGAGUUUAUUAUGGGAGUUUCCAAAUAUGGCAUUAAAGUUUCCACAUCUGAUCAGUAUGAUGUAUUACAUAGGCACGCUCUCUAUUUGAUUGUACGGAUGGUGUGCUAUGAUGAUGGUCUGGGAGCUGGAAAAAGUUUACUGGCUUUGAAGACAACAGAUGCAGCCUCUGAAGAAUGCAGCCUCUGGGUAUAUCAGUGCAAUAGUUUGGAACAAGCACAAUCCAUUUGCAAAGUGUUGUCUACAGCCUUUGAUUCAGUUUUAAUGUCGGAGAAGUCCUGAUUUCCUUCGGCAGCAGUGUUUGUGUGGGAGCACCGGGGCUCCUCGUGAUACCACGGACAGAUUGGAGCCACACACAGUCCUGGGAAGGACUUACUGUGCAAAGCAGAGCCACACAGCCUUGCAUAUGGUACUCUGGCAUUCCCCAAACAUGACUUGAAGAUUCCAUCUUCAGUGUCCAGGACAAUACAGAAUUUUAUAUUUAACACAAUUGUUUUUUCCUAGUCAUGUUUUGUAUAUUAAUAUCAAUAUUGCAGAAAUGUAAAAUAAAACUGACAGUUGCUUCUA